GCAAUUCAUCGAUGACAGCUGCAUCUUCAGUGCACCGUUAUUUACAUCUCCAUGCCAUUGCCAUUCAUUCUUUGUCUUUGAGCUCUUGUAGAUUAUCGACAUAAAGUGGUCAAAUCUACGUGUUGAGAUCUUUGAUCCAGAUUGCCUUGUCAUAAUGGCACACGAUGAACGCAGCCCACUGCUCGAAACACAUUGGAGUAGCGAGGAUACGAGACCUUUUCUCAACCUUUCGGACCACCCAGAGGAAGACCCUCGAGCAUGGUCUCGACCUAGAAAACUCGCAAAUGUAGGAGUUAUCGCCACCAUGUCUAUCGUCAGCCCUCUGGCUUCAUCCAUGUUCACUCCCGGGAUCGCCCAGAUUGCCGAAUCACUCCACACAACCACCACUUUAGUUAUCGGCACCACCACCGGUUUCGUCGUCAUGCUGGGAAUCGGUCCAUUAAUACUCGCACCUCUCUCGGAAACUUUCGGCCGCCGUAAAAUAUAUCUCACGUGCUUCUCCAUCUUCACUCUUCUCCAGAUACCGACCGCGCUAGCGCCCAACAUUGCUUUCCUGAUCGUUGUGCGAAGCAUAUCUGGGUUCUUCGGUAGUGUAGGAAUCGCAAAUGGAGGCGGGACGAUCAGUGACAUGUUCAUUCCUUCGGAGCGUGCAGGCGUCUUCGGCUGGUACCUUCUUGGCCCAUUACUCGGCCCUACACUUGGACCUUUGUUCGGCGGUAUUAUUGUCCAAAGACUAGGAUGGAGAUGGGUGUUUUGGAUCAUGACCAUUGUGUGCUUUGUCAAUACGUUAGCCGGGUAUUUCUUUCUGAGAGAGACAUACGCGCCAGUGAUACUCUCAAAUCUGAAGACACGCUAUGAGCAAAGCAAUCGCGACACGGAUGCUACCGACUACCAAUUCAAGGGACAGGAUACAAGGCCACUCAAACAAAAGUUAAUGAGCAGUUUGGCGAGACCUCCCAAGAUUUUUGCGCAACCAAUUGUAGCGACUAUGGCGGUCUACCAGGCAUUGCUUUUUGGCACGACAUAUUCCAUCUACACCAACAUGCAGGAUAUCUAUCAAGGAAAAUACGGAUUCACCACCGAACAAGUCGGGCUGCUUUAUCUCGGACCCGGGCUAGGAUUUCUCUUUGCUGUCUGGUUCCUUGUACCUCGAAUCGACGAUGUGUAUAAAAGGUUAACAGCAAAGCAUCACGAGAAACCGUUGCCUGAGUAUCGACUCCCAUUGGCAAAUAUCGGCGCAGUAUUUGUCCCUGUAUCUCUUUUCUUGUUCGCCUGGGCUGUGGAAUACCAUAUUCAUUGGUUCGCGACAAUCGUGCCAACGUUUUUCUACGGGAUUGGUCAAGUCAUGAUCAUCAACUGCACGCAAAAUUAUUAUAUCGAAAGUUUUGAGGCAUAUGCAGCAUCGGCGAUUGCAGCUGGAACAGUCUUUAGAUCGUUAGUUGGUGGCAUAGUGCCACUUCUAGCUCCUGGCCUUUUUGUCAAGUUAGGCUAUGGUUGUGGAAUCUCUGUAUUCGGAUUUGUAGGCUUACUGCUCGCUCCUGCACCUGUGUUAUUCUACGUGUCCGGAGAGAGGAUUAGGGAGAGGUAUGUGGUCAAGCUAUAA